AUGUUGCGGUCUCGUCUUGAGUUCGCCUUCGUUCUAUUCAUUGUGUUCGUCUCAUCUGCUUUAUCAGUCUCAUUCGGUGAUUUUUGUUCACAUGAUUUUAUUUGUCAACAGCCAUUGGUUUGUUCCAAUGACAGUCAAUGCAUGUGUCCAACAGACACAUCAUUCUGGAGUUCCAGACAAAACAGCUGUCUGAGUUGUCCAUCUGGAUGGACGGAGUGGAAAGAAGAAAAGUGUGUGUUGUUUGUUGCACCAUCACCAGAUGGAGUGAUGCAUGAAGAAGCAAGAAAUAUCUGUUCGACACAAUCGGCUGAACUAUUGAAAAUAGCUGAUGCUGAAGGAUUUGUAGAGUUCGAGAAUGAAAUGAAAGAUUUAUAUUUUGCAGAAUCAGCGCACGUAGAUCGUGAACAUACUCAUGAAAAGCAUCAAGAAAGAAUUUUUGAUGUAAUCGGUGGUUUAGUUAGUAAUUUGUUGUUUCCCACUCCAGCUACACCAGCACCAACUCAAGCACCACAACUCAUAUAUGUGACUAAUCCAACACAGCAAAUCUUACCACAAAGCUCUAAAUCAAACGGUACGAUUAUCAUUAUCAUUGCUGUGGUUGUUGUAACUAUACUAAUACUGAUAUUGUUCUGCUGCUGUUGUUGUGGGGGUGGCUUUCUUCUUUGGAAAAAUGACCGAUCAUCGAACCCGCCGGUGAAACCAUCGCCUUCUCGACAACGACGUGGUCGGACUAGUCUCGACUCAACUGCCAGUGACGGGACAUACUGA